UCAUUCGACCUACAAGUGCGUAGCCAUAUCCGUAUCUGUGAGUGGAUACUGACAUGCUUAGUUACAGUUACUCGCCGAUGUCGUAGUCCAUCGUAUCAGCCUAUCUCUUCAGUCCAAUCUAAUUUUUGUUCCCUGAUUAUUACAGUUAAGUUGUGGCUAUAACAUCAACAAAGGUGUCUCAUUUUGCAAUUCUGUUACUUCGGAUAAUUGCACAUUCUGUUUGACUGCCGGGGCCUAAUUAUUGAGGCUUUCCCCUACUGUAAAUUUUAUUCUUUGAAUAUGUGCACACCUAUCAACUCUCAAAGGGCUUCUUCCAAAAAAUCAAAAGCCAAAAUAUUCCAUUAUUUCUGCAAAGAAUUAUCGGGUAUACUUGAAUGUGAUUCUGAUUCUACUGGGAAGGCAGAUGUUACUUUUGUUGUUGGUCAGAAUAUUUAUCACGGAAACCAGAAAAUCAUCUCCAUGUUAAGCGAAGAACUGAAAAAAUGCUUCCAGUCAGAGAGUAAAGGCAUUGACCACGCCUCUGCACAUGUUUGCAUAUUGAAAGUGACUAGAUCAAAGUCUUCGUCUUUACUCAAAGUAUUUAUUGAUGCACCUGUGGAUGCUUUCGAAGCAGUUUUAAAUUAUAUGCUAACUUUGAGGCUUACUGUACCUGAAGAACUAAUGCCACAGGUAUACUUCUUGUCAAAAUGCCUACAGAUCAAAACUUUAGAAACAACAUGUGCCGAAUUUUUGAUUCACAAUUUAUCAAUCAGUUGUGUUGGGGUUCUGUGCCGCUUUAUUUCGUUCAGUGGAGUUUAUCAAAAUAGCAAUGAAUCUGCUAACAAUCUUACAUCUUAUUCGCCAGAAGUUUGUUUAACAAAAGCGCUAUAUCAAUACUUGUUAACGGAAGCAGAUGCCAUCGCUUGUUCUCAAACCGGAAUUCUUAGUGCUCGUCUGAUAGUGAAUCUUACAGGCAAUUUCAAUUCAUCAGAUGAUCAAAAUGAAAUUCAAGAACCUUCUAAUGAACAUUUAGCUUUCGGAGUCUUGCAAUGGGCAUUCGGAAAGUUAUUAACAGGCGAAAGAUUGGCGAGAGCUGGAAGUGAAGAUAAUAUUUGUUCGGAUGAUGAAGAAAGUGAUGGAAGUAGUAGCAGUCAUGCCGUUGGGAGCUCUAAUGGAUCACGUCGUAAACGAGCAGGUAGCCAAUUCCAGUUUUCGGCUCAACAAAAUUUACUGAAUGGAAUUCGUUCAAAAUGUGGUGCCUCUUCUCAAAUUAGCCUCGUUUCAGAUGAUGAUGACAAUGAUAUAAACGCAGAAAGCAAAGUCGAGGAACGUGGUUCAGUUUCAGAAACUUUGGAUUCAUUACAUUGCUAUAAUACACAGGAUAUACGAAUUUCAGUUGAUAUAAAUGAUUUACCUUUAAAUAAAGAAGAAAAUGGAAUGCAUAAUGUUGUUACUCAGAAUGAGCAUAGUUUGUUAACUGUUUGUUUAACAACUGGAAGUCAAGAAUCAGAGACUUGUUUAUUGGCACCGACAUCGCUUGGAGUUCGAUCAACAUCAAUUUGGUUAGGUAAAUUAGCUGGUCAUCUGGUUAGCCUAUCUAUAAAACGUUGUCACCCAACUGAUCGUUCUAUUCAAGAGUUGGAUCAAGAAUUAAUGAAUGAAGUCAACCAAUCACGAAGUCGUCAUCAAAGUCGUGGUUCAUCUAUAUCGAAUACUUCCAGCAUACCAAAUGAUUUAAAUAAUCUGUCUGAGAAUGUAUGGAAUACUUUGAAGUGUUGUAAUGAAAGUGCCUGUCAUGAAUUGAGCCAAUCUAUGAGUAGUGCUACCAUGUUGAAAUCAGAUUAUGAUGGUUUCGGUUCGCUGAUUUCACUGUGUGAAGAGAGAAAUUGCAAAUCCGGGAAUAUAAAUAACUCUCAGCGAAGAAAUAUCAUUUUAUGAACAUUUGAAAUCGGGUGUAUAUAAUGUGAGCUGUGUGAGUUAGUACGUACGCAACCGUUGUACCAGAAGUAGUAUAAAAGAUAUGGUUUAAACUGAUGAAAUAAGUCGUACAGUCACUGCUGAUUCUGCUUUAAACUUAGCACGAGCUAUGAUUAAAUCCUCUUCACGUUGUCAAUCAUUCAGUGAUCAAAUUUAUCAAACUGAAAUCCUUUGUAUUAAUCAUCAUGAUAAUACAGGUCAAAAUUCUCCAUUACAUAUGUUAGAAGCUCGAUCAAGUUUUGGAAUUGGACAAUU